AUGUAUAACAAAUUUUUCCAAGGUAUCAGAUAUAAUCCUGAAAUCAAAAACAACAAGUUUAUUUCGAAACAAGAUAUAGUUCUUUCAGUUGCUAGAGAAUUAUUUGCGCCUGUGAAAAAUCAAUUGAUUGAAUAUGAAUCUAAUAAUACUAUAAAUAAGACUCAAAAACAAGUUUUAGAUACAGAUAUUAAUGUGAUGUUCAAAGAUGCUGUUCAUUGCAAGAACAAUCAUUUUUAUGAUAAAAACACAAUUUUCCCAUUGGUUCCAACAUUCUUUGAAAAUUCAUUGACUUAUUUACCAAGGAAUUUUAUAAGAAAUUUGGUUAUUGAAUACUCAGAUAAUGUGUUUUUCAGAAGAGUGUUUCACGAACACAAAUAUUUUGUUUAUUUACAGAUGUGGGUACCAAAGGAUACAUGCCCUGUUAGUCUUAGCAAAUACAAAACCAUAUUAAAAGAAUUGAUGAAUAAACAACCAGAAAAUGCAGCUUCGGUAACUGCUAAUGAGUUGGAAGAUAUUCUUAUAUAUGAUCAAGAUGAUUAUGACUUUUCUUCGUCUAAUUUAGAAAUCAAGUUGGGAAAAUUAUGCUAUGUUUUUGAUGAAAAGAUAAGAGAAGAAUUUGAAUACUAUAAGGACUAUUAUUUGAAUCAUGCAGAAGAGUUUAAAUUGUUAACAUCAGAAGAAAAUGAUCUUUAUGGAAAUCUUAAAUCAGUCUUCCAUAAUUAUAAUAUUACCAAAAUGAAAAACAUCAUAUAUAAGAAAUCCAAUUAUGAAGUAGUAAGACCUGAGCAAUGGAUGAUAAAUAAUGUGUUUUAG